AUGGCUCAUUCUGUGGAAGUAGAAAGACAGCUAGAUGAGAAUUUUAUGCUUGCAAAUGAAGUAAGUGGUGAAAACAGUGACAUUAAUAAGACUACUGUCAUUAAUACUAGCACUGAUGGCAGCAUCUUGCUUGCACAAAACAACACUGCUUUUCCAGUCUAUGAAAUCUCAGAAGGUUUAACACUAUUACUGGCCACAGUCAUGAUCUUCACAACCACCAUGGACAUAUUUGGGAACAUACUAGUCGUGUUGUCUGUGUUACAGAACAAAAAACUCAGAAAUGCAGGCAAUAUGUUUGUUAUCAGUUUGUCUGCAGCAGAUGUCAUUGGUGCUGUUUAUCCAUACCCCUUGCUUAUCAGAUCCAUUUUACAAAACCAAUGGCAGUUUGGAGAAAUUCAGUGCCAGAUUGCAGCUUUCUUUCAUGGUUUGAGUUUCAAUGCUUCUGUUUACAACAUUAUGCUGAUAGCAAUCAAUCGUUGGUGCUGCAUUUGUCAUGCGAUGAAAUACGAGAAGAUAUUCAGUAUGAAGAACACCUACUGCUAUAUAUUCCUGACAUGGACAAUUAGCUUUAGUUUAAUUUUACCUGAUUCUUUAGUGGGAGCUUUACAGUACAAUCCACAUCUAUACAUUUGUACAUUUCUCUUCACUGCAAAUGAGGCAUUAACAAUUGGUGUUGCAGUCUUUCAUUUUAUUUUCCCAUUAACAGUUGUAAUCCUGUGUUAUGCAAGUAUCUGGAUCACAGUCAUACAGGUCAAAUACAGACUCAAAAAAGACAGUAAGCAAACUCUCCGGCCCUCAGAUAUGAGGAACUUUUUGACAAUGUUUGCAGUAUUUGUACUUUUUGCAGUUUGCUGGUCUCCAUUCAGUAUUCCUGGUUUGAUUGCAGGUUUCAGCCCGCGAGGAAAGGCGCCUAAUUUUCCAGUGUGGUUGGUUGUUCUUGGAUUCUUUAGUGCCUGCUUCAACAGCUGUCUUAAUGGCAUUGUUUAUGGAAUUUUUAAUAAGAAUUUUCGACAGGAGUAUAAACAUAUACUGUGGUCACUGUUAAUAUUUAUAAUAAGAAGCAAGCAAUGA